CCGGUUUAGAUGUUAUCUUGCACUUUUACACCUCAAUCAGUCUUUGAACUACUCGAGUAACAGCUAAGAAAGUGGGAUUGGACUAACAUCUUGAAUUACGGAUGGGAUUGGAAUUUGGAAGAUCUGACUUCAUGCUUUCGCAGUGCCAUGGGACUGUACUUGGCAAGUUGGCAUGACUGAACGACUCUUAAAGAAUGAAUUUGGUUUGUUAUUUAUCCAUGUUCAAGAAAAAUGGUUGUUUUAUUAUAAGAGGCUUACUCGUAUGAUGAUUCCUCGGCCAAGUCUCUAAUCUCUUCCUUUGCUAUCUAGUCUAGUUAAUGCUUGGCACAUAAAUGGAAGUUCUACAGCAACCAAUUGGAAACAAAGCAGCUGAAGAAGGAACAGAGACGGGAAACAGAUUAACAUAUUGUGUAACAGGAGGCUCAGGUUUCAUAGGAUCCUGGCUACUCAAAUCUCUCCUCCACAAGGGCUAUAAUGUCAAUGCCACCGUCCGCCAUCCAGAAAAGGCGCUGCAUCUGUUAAAAUUGUCUGAUCGGCUGAAAGUGUUCAAAGCUGAUCUAAAUGAAGAGGGGAGUUUCGACGAGGCAAUUAGAGGAUGUGAUGGAGUAUUCCAUGUAGCUGCAUCAAUGGAAUUUGGUUUACAAGAAAAACAUAAUUCUGAUACUUAUGUUCAAGAACAUGUGAUAGACCCUGCAAUCCGAGGGACAAUUAACGUUCUUAAAUCUUGUUUGAAAGCAUACUCGGUGAAAAGAGUUGUUUUCACAUCAUCAAUCAGUACAAUGACAGGCCAGGAUAGUUCUGGAAAAUUGAGACCUGUGGUUGAUGAAGCUUGCAACAUACCAACACAUGUAUGGAAGACUAAGCCAAGUGGAUGGGUGUAUUCUCUUGCAAAGGUAUCCGCAGAAGAGGCUGCAUUCAGAUUUGCCAAUGAAAAUGGUAUAAAUAUGGUGUCAGUAAUUUCUCCAACAGUGGCUGGUCCAUUCCCCAAUUCUACAGUCCCAUCAAGCAUUCGGUUUCUCUUAUCACCAAUAACAGGGGACGCGGGGCUGUUACCAAUACUAGCAUCAGUAAACUCAAGAAUGGGAUCAAUUGCAUUAGUUCACGUAGAAGACAUAUGCUCUGCCCACAUAUUCCUCAUGGAGAAUGAUAAAGCUAAAGGACGGUAUUUCUGCUGCGCUCAGAAUAUUUCAAUAUCUGAACUGAUUGCUCGACUAACUGAAGAAUACCCAACUCCUAAAGCACCAAGCCUGAUAAUGCAAGAUGAUAAUCCACAGCCCCCCACUAUUUCGUCAAAAAAAUUAAUGGACCUGGGAUAUUCUUUCAAACAUGGUGUCCAAGGUAUCAUACAUGACACUAUCCAGAGCUGUAUACAACAUGGGUUUUUACCUUGUAAAGAAUAGUAAACAUCUCCUCCUUCAUUAUGCACCACGAAACAAGCCCACCAUAUGUAAAAAGAACAAAGCAUAGAGGAAUUACUUGAUAGCUUGUUGCAGCUUAGGUCAGCAACCUUGUAAUUCAUAAUGGAUUUCUUAUGUCGUUGGAUUAUUUUUCAGAUUAUGUUCUUUCCCAUUUAGUAGAAGGUCUUGGUUACCACUGUAAGUGCUACAUUGGUCUGUAAUAACUCUGUAUUAUCUCAUUAACGGUAAUCUUCA